GUGGAGCAUCAUUCAGGAAGAGACGCAUCAUCGUCAGAGCUUUGUCAACAACGGGGACAGUGGCAAAAACAUCGGCCUGCCCGACAGAAACUCGCUAAUUUUUGCAAGUGGAUUUCAUAUGCAAAGACCAAUGAAGUGACCGACAGGAUACAAUGUCAUCGUUCCAGGUGGUGGACUCGCCGCCGGGCAGCAGCGUCAGCAUCAUGGAAACGUCCAACUUUGCCCACGUCAUCUUCCAGAACGUGGGGAAGAGUUUCCUGCCCCAGGUGCCCCUGGAGUGUUGCUACACCCUGACCCCUUACAUCCCACCCCACCCAAAAGACUGGGUGGGCAUCUUCAAGGUGGGUUGGAGCACAGCGAGAGAUUACUACACCUUCCUUUGGUCUCCUAUGCCUGAGAACUACGAACCAGGAAGUACAGUGCACAGUACUUUGGUGUUUCAAGGUUAUUAUGUUCCUAAAUCUGACGGAGAGUUCUACCAGUUUUGUUACGUCACACACGUUGGCGACAUUAGAGGAGCGAGUACGCCGUUCCAGUUCAGGUCAGCCACACCUACAGAAGAGUUUCUGACUGUUACCGAGGACGACAGCAACUCAGACAUACUGGUCGUCACCACCAAGACUGGCCUUCUAGAGCAUGUGGAGGACGUACAGCAGGGGCGCAGGGAGCUGCUGAUGACCAUGCGUCUCCUGCAGGAGGAGAAGCAGCAGCUGCAGGAGGAGCAGAGGAGACUGUCCAGGGAGAGGGAGCAGGAGAGGGACACAUGCUGCCUGCUGCGGACACACAACCAGGAGCUGCUGCGCUCGUCGCAGGGCCUGUCAGAGGAGAGGGAGGAGGUGAGGAGGAGGCUGUCAGAGGCCACAGAGCGGGUCCGGCAGCUGGAGGAGGAUCUGCUGGGAGUCACCCAGAGAGGCCUGCAGAAGGAGACCGAACUCGAUUGUCUGCGCGACCGCCUGAAGAAGCUGACAGCAGAGAAAGACAGCCUUGAGAGCCAUCUGAAGAAUGAGAAGGAUGAGAGAGACCUCUACAAGGCUCACCUGCGCAGCACCGAGCUGGAGAACACGAAGCUGAGCGCGGAGCUGCAGAUGCUGAAGGCGGUGGAGCUGAACCGGGAGGUGACCAUCGCUCAGUUCCAGGAGGAGCUGGACCGGCUCCGGCUCUGCGUCGCUCAGCGGGACAGCCUGGAGAAAGAGCUGCUGGCUCACAAGACUGACAAGGCAGAUCUGGCCCGUGUGCGUGAGCAGCUCCGUCAGGCAGAGGAUCAGCUCCAGGCGUCCCGGCAGCAGGCCUCUCUGCUGGCCUCAGAGCUCCGUGACGCCGCCAGCGCCCGGGACCACACGAUGACCGAGCUGUACCGCGCCCGACUGGAGGCCGACAAGCUCCGUGCCAGUCUAGCUGAUGCUCAGGCCGAGUGCCAGCGCAUGGAGAGCCAGCUGGACCGCAUGAGGAGCACAGCGCAGAAGGAAGUGGGUGUUGGGACCUGUGGGGAAAUGACGCCCAGCAUGAUGGUGGUGUCAGAGGCAGAGGCCGAGCUGCAGAGAGAGGUGGAGGAGCUGAAGCUGCGUCUGCACAUGGCGGCUGAGCACUACAAGGAGAAGUACCGGGAGUGUCAGCGCCUGCGCAGGCAGGUGGCUAAACUAAACAUGACCGAGUCACAGGGGGAGCCAAAGAGAAAUGUGUCCACAGAGACGACACCGGAGCCGCUGACCCCGAGUCCAGAGUCACCGACAGCAGGGAAUAUAGCUAUGGCAGUCCUACAAGAAGCCGCUGAGAUGACAAUCACUCCAGGACUUAAUAACAGGGAAUCCACGCAUGCUGCAUGCAUCAGCACAGAGAGGGAAGACAGGCAGAGAGAGAAAAUGCCAAAUGAAAGGCCUAAGGCGGAGACUGAGGGAGAAGAAAUCCAAGUGAAGGACGGGGAGAAAGAGGACAGACGGAAAGAAAAAGAGGAGAAGAAGGACAGCCUGCCAGAGAGUCUGAGGAUGACGAGCUGGGUGGAGGUGGAGAACGAGAGGCAGAGCGGCGAGGAGAAUAGCGAGGCGGAGAUGACAGGGAAGGCCGAGGAAGUGAGGGAUGUCGUGGAGCACCAGGUGCUGCUGGAGGUGGAGGGGAGGAGCAUGGGGGAGGCGGAGAAGGCACAAACCUGCUCAGUGGAGGAGGAGCUGGCGAUGAUGGAGGAGAAGUGGAGGCAGCAGUGUGCGAUCAAUGAGACGCUCAAACAGCGGCUGGCCAAUGAGGAGGAGCGAUUCAGAGUGCACAUGGCGGAGCGAGCCAGCGAAGUGACGGAGCUGAAACGCAACCUCGCCCAGGCCCUCAAAGACAAGGAACAACUAAAGGAGGAGCUGCAGCAGUUUGUGUCCAGGCAGAGGGAGCAGGAGGCGGGUGUUCAGGCUUCAGAGCCCAUGGUGCUGCGCUACCCCCUGCCGUACCCUCAGGACCCGUCUCCUCCACCCCUGGUUCCUCACAGGCCGGCUGAGCUGCAGUACGGUAACCCCUACUCCACUGACACCACUAAAGACCUGGUGGAUGUUGCGCUGUCUCCUGAGCACAUGUCCCGUCCUCCACCUGAGGCCCCACCCUGCGCCCCUCCCUGUGCACCCCCAAUCACACCCCCGAGCUCAGGCCCCAGGGCCCCAGGCUGGGACCGAGAGGUGGUCUGCAUCCAGCCCUCCCGCAGCACGAGCCCCCCCGAGAGCCUGGAUAGUAGUCCGGAGGAGCCGCAAAAUGCUGCUGCUGACGGGGCUCAGUCGUCCUGUGAUCAUCUGUCCGGUAGACGUAGAGAAGCCAGGGGCAGCUUCUGCUUUGACUCCAGUAGUGUUCACAAGCGUUGCCCGCUGUGCGAGGUGAUCUUCCCCCCCCACUUCGAGCAGCGCAGCUUCGAGCAGCACGUGGAGAGCCACUGGAAGGUCUGCCCCGUCUGCUCUGAGCAGUUCCCCCUCAACUGUGAGCAGCAGCUCUUCGAGAGGCACGUCCUCACGCACUUUGAUGGCCACGUGCUCAACUUCGACCAGAUCGAAUGAAAGGCGUAAAGGGCACAUUUUUAAUCUGACAUACCGUGUGGGUAAAUGUGUCGUCAGCUUUUAGUUCAUUUCGAUUGGGUUAAGUUGUCUUGUUAUUAUACAAUCAUUAGCACUUUUUGGCAAUCUUGACAAAGGUUAGAAAGAAUGUAGUCCACUUCAGAGAGGAAGCAGAGUUUGUCCCGUGGCUACCAAGGUGUUUUAUGAAGUAGGGUAGCUUAAUACAUCAUGGGUAAAAGGACCACUCGGGAAAAGUGCCAUGGUCUUUUACUUUUGUAUCAUUUUUAACGCUUGUCUUUCUGCUUUGAGAAACUAAAGCACCAUCAGUAGUGCAUGCAAUUAUUAUGUGUUCAAAAGGACAAAAUGAAAGCAGUUCAAGCUGAAAGAGUGAAUAGUAGCAGGAGCUUGAACCAGAAGAGAAAGUAUUUAAGUAUGUCCCUGUUAUUUAACUAGCCUGGGUAUUAUUAUCUCAUGUGAUGAAGCAGCCAAGAUAUAUAUUGUCUACAUAUUUCAAAGCUGAGGAAGGCAGAAAGGAAUUAUUUUGUGUAAAUGCAGAGUGAGAUCUGAAUAUGUGAUGUCUUAAAGAAUCAUCAGAGUGUGUAUAUUUAUUUGAAGAGAGGUGAGGUGGAGAUUUUGUUGACUUGAAUGGGAAGAGAUCUUGGAUUUCUCCCAAAAGCACAGUACUACUGUACGUGUAACAGACAUCAGAAGGUUCAAACAAAAACAGCACUACGUUUCCAUGUAUCUGCACUAAAUAAGGCUUUAUUCUGAAUGUACUGUACAUAUGAAAAUAAGUAUAAGUUGUGGAGAGACCUGUGACUUACUGUCGUGACUCCGCCUCCCCUCAUUGUUACUUCUUCAUGUUUUAGUGUUGAAAGAAUGGCGGACUGUUUUUACUUUGGUCAGGUGGUAAGAAACUGGGCUGGUCUCUUUGUGUUAUUGGAGAUCCUGUCAUGUUUUAGGCAUAUACACUGCGGGACAUGUGACAACAACUUUUAUUGUUAUGUACUUCCGCGUUUUAAAGUUUGAACUGUGAUGAAAAAAAGUCAUUGCUUUGUGUGCAGGUCCAUGAGUGAGUGUCAUUUCUAUGUGUGUCUCCACGGGGCUCCACAUCACAGCUUGUCUAUUUUCUGUCAUUUCAAAGUGACCCCUGACAGUGUUGUAUUCAGGCUUUAAAAAUUGCACAUGCCCAGUAAUCACAAGGUAAAUGUGUGUGUAUGUCAUGUGUCCGACGCAGCCCUUUUCAUGUGAGAAUGUCAGGACGGUGGUUUAAGUGUGUACUGCAAAGAUCUUUACGAAUAAAGUAAGCUUGUCUAAAUGCA